AUGGCCGAAAAUCCAACUUGCACAGUCGAGGAGUUCACCAGCACCACAUUCGACUAUGUGAUCUGCGGCAGCGGAACUGCAGGACUCGCUCUCGCAGCGCGCCUCAGCGAAAAUCCGGAUGUAACCGUCGGUGUCAUUGAGGCGGGCAAGUAUCGCAUUGGAGAUCCAAUAGUUGAUACUCCCGCAGAUGUUCGAGAAUCCCAAGUAUGA